AUGACGGCCAAUCAGCCAUCAGACGCCCUCAAGCAAGCCGGCGGGGGAGCCAGUCAAACCCAAGGAGCCACCACGGCCCUCUCCAAUACCGUGAUAUCCUACCUGAAAGCCAUCUUCGAGUCCCACGCUGAUGCCGACGGAAGAUGGACUCGGGGUCAGAUCACGCGAUUCAUCCAACGUGUCCAGAAAAAUAGCGACAAGACCACAGCAGCCGCCGACUUGCUGGACAGGUCAGAUGUCGAUCUGAACGCAUUUCUGCAGUACAUGACGUCGCCAGAUGGUAAUAUAACAGAGCCCUGGAACCAAAGCGACUUGUCCUGGCCUCUCUCGAGCUACUUCAUCAGUUCUAGCCACAACACAUAUCUGACGGGAAACCAGCUAUAUAGCGACAGCACAACCGACGCCUACACCAACGUUCUCCUGCGGGGCUGUCGCUGCGUUGAGGUUGACGUCUGGGAUGGCGACGAGUCGGAUUUGUCUUCCAGCCCUGCGGAGAGUCUAGCUGAUGAAGAAACCGACGACGAGACCGUGCCGGCCAAGUCAAAACACCGCGGUGCAUUUGACAAGUUGAGACAGAAGAUACCGGAGAGCCUGACGUCCAGGCUUGAAAAGACUAGCUUGGGGAAAGCUCGGGAACACAGAUACACGGGGAGACACGGCACCGGCGCAGCUGCCCGUGCAUUUUCCCAUGGCGGCGCCAGGACCGUGCCAGAGGUUGCCCUUGUCGAGCCUCGCGUGCUUCAUGGCUACACGCUGACCAAGGAGGUUUCCUUUCGGGAUGUGUGCAAUGCCAUUCGAGAUAGCGCCUUCGCCGUAUCAGACCUGCCGCUGAUUGUCAGUCUCGAGGUCCAUUGCGGCGCCGAGCAGCAAGUCGUGAUGGCCAACAUUAUGAAGGAAGUCUGGAGUGGCAUGCUGGUCACCGAGGAUGAGGCCAAACCGGGCCUGCUGCCCAGCCCCGACCACUUGAAGCGAAAGAUUCUCGUCAAGGUCAAAUACGCACCGCCAGACGCGCCCGCAGCAGAGCCCGACAGCAGCGAGGACGACAGCCCGCCGGCCGAGGCAGCGCCGCCCAAGAAGCCAUCCAAAGUCAUCCAAGAAUUGAGCAAGCUUGGCAUCUACACCCAAGCCGUUUCAUUCAAGGCCUGGACACAGCCCGAGGCCAGCAUGCCAACACACAUCUUCUCCCUGGCCGAAAAGAAGUUCAUCGAGCAUCGCGAGAAGCACCCCCAAGCGCUCUUUGACCACAACAGGGACUAUCUCUUGCGGGCCUACCCUUCUGGAUUCCGCAUCACGUCUUCAAACAUGAUGCCCACGGUGUUCUGGGGAUCAGGAGCCCAAGUCGUCGCCCUGAACUGGCAACAAACGGAUGAAGGCAUGAUGCUCAACGAGGGCAUGUUUGCAGGGACAUGCGGAUACGUCCUCAAACCCGAAGGUCAGACAAUAUCGAACCCCCCUUUUCCAAGUCGCCCCGUCUCUGCUAACACCGACAAAGGCUACCGUCCCAACCUCGAGUCAAAGCUCACCCCCAACAAGAUCACUUACAAAACGCUAAAUCUGUCACUCACCUUCCUCGCUGCUCAGUCCAUCCCCCUCCCCCAAGGCGACAAAUCCGACAAGAAAUUCCAUCCCUACGUCAAGACCGAGCUGCACGUUGACGCAUGCGACCCCAAGGCCCACGGCCGCCCAGGCUCGUCCGAAAGCCUGGACUCCGACGUCCGGCACAAGGCGCGCACAAAGACCCACAGGGGAGCGAAUGUUGAUCUCGGCAGGCAGCAAAUCUCAUUCAGCGAUAUUGCAGGGCUCGUGGAGGAGUUGACGUUCGUGCGCUUCACGGUGCGAGAUGACGAGCUGGGGAGAGAUGAUAUUGCGGCCUGGGCGUGCGUACGGCUAGAUCGUCUGGGACAGGGAUAUAGGUUCAUCCACUUGAUAGAUUCAAAGGGGCGCUUGACGGAUGGCACGAUUCUUGUCAAGGUGGAAAAGACGCUGGUGGAGGAGGAACCUGAUGUGAAACGAGCAUGA